AAAAAUCCGGUUUAAGCGGAAAGUGUCGUCCCUGAUUAGCCUGUGCGGAUUGCACAGGCUUAUCUGGGACGAUACUUUACGCACAUGCAUUAAAUCCACUUUUCACAGAGCACGGCUCAUAUUAUUUCACUCACAAUUUACAAUAAUAAAAAUCUUGAUUAUAGUUAUUUUUUCAUAUAUUUUUAACAGAUUUAGAAACGUAUGUUUAGCAGCGGUUACCAAUAUAUUGCAGAGAAUUUCCGAUCAUGUUUUUGAGGUUUAAUAAUUCGUUUCGUUUUUAAGGGUAGUGUGAGAUUCUUUAUAUACGGUUAUAAAAUUGGUUAUUAAAUAGAGCGUCACGCUGUUCAAUUAUUUUUUUAUGAAUUGAUUACAACUUAGUGUUCUUACCAUUCGCUUUUAUGAACGUCUUGGCAAACGUUCUUCUUGAGACCUAUGAUUUUCGUUGUCCAUAUCCAGGGUCGGUUUAAUGGAGGACAGCGGGCGGCAAAUCGGCGACAACCGCCCGGCCGCCUCGUCCGGCAUACAUGUGGACGACAAAGAUGACGUCAGCUCGGAUAACGAUGUUGCCAAGAUCUGGCAACAUAAUCCCACCUAUGAUGACAUGUCGCAAUUUACAGCAAACCCGUUGUUUUUACCUGCUGGCAAUUCUCCACCGCCACACCAUGCUAACUUCGCCACCUUCAAAGGCGUACAGGAGAAGCCGAAACCGUUCUCGCAGAUGGAGCUGAAUGAUUUAAGCGGUGAACGAAUGAGGCCGAUUCAGCCACGUCAAAGUGACGUCCCCAACCACAGGUUUGACGUCACGAUGCUAGCGGAGCCAUCUGAGACGUCAGUGUCGACGUCACGGCCCUCAAGCGUAACCUCUGUGGGGCAGAUCCCUAAGCCGGGCCCCAAAGUGACCAUCCCUCUGCACCGGCCUGACGAGUUUGACAACAUGAUUGAACAGAUGAAGACAGACGCAUGCCUGACGGAUGUGCAGACGUAACUGGAGCAAGCAUCUGGGCGGUUUCUGAAUUGUAUCGUGAAAGCGAAAGAUGAACUUUAACAUAUUUUUUAAAGAUGUAAUAUGAAAUAUAAUAUUUACGAAAUUUGCAUAAGCAUGGGCGGUUUAUGGCUAUCGGCAUGAAUACACAAAAUUGUAAAUUAACAAUAAUUUUACACAUGAUUUGUUUAAGUCAUUGUUUUGUUGGUCAUUGAUUAUUAACAUAAGUGUAAAGUUGUACAAUGAAACAUGUGUAAUAAAAAUGAUAAAAUUUUUAAUAAUUUAUUAAGCUGAUAGACAUAGAUCAGACAACAAACCGUCGACUAAUGUCCAACUAUUUUAUACAUAAAAUGUGUUUGUGUGUGUAUUGUUAUUACACACACUAGCAAUAUGAGAAAUAAAUGUUUUAUGUUAACCAAAUGCUUUUAAAUUGUUUUUAGCUUUUUAUGUUAGUAAGCAAUAAAAGCGAGUUUUUCAAUGAGAUAAAUGCACAUUAAAAUGACACCGAACACCAUUAUAACUGGAUCGUUACAGCAAUUUAUGGAAGUUAUUUGUUAUGGAUGUUAUUGUGAAUAUUUUUACCCAACAGUAGCCGAAUUAGUUUUUGUAUUGUUAGAGUAAUACUUUCGUUAAAAAAAUAUGUUAACCUUUCAAAUGCAAAUGCUAUCAUUUUUUAUCUCUUGGUGAAAUGCGUUGAUUUUCAUUUUCGGAAACAUAAUUGAUGACAAAGAGUUUAUUUGAGACGUAAAUAUGUUUGUGUAUCCAAGUUCUAGCAAAAAGUUAUGUUCGAAGUUUACUGUCUAAACAUCUAAACGUCAUAAUAAGUUUUGGAUAAAAUCUUGUGUGGCGCAUGUGUUUCUUUAAGGCUUUUACUAGUGCAAUUCCAUCUGCGUGUAUAUGCAUUUUACUAAAUAUGUAUUCAAACUUCCUUUCUUUUCUAAUGCUAUUUGUAAUUCUUUAUACCAGACAUAUGGCAUCCAUUGUUUAAAACAACUUUUAUGCUAAUUUUUAAUUUGACGUUUUUGCAAAAUAAAUGACAGUUUUUCGAAUAAAGAAAAUUGUGGAAUAUAUAAUAUUUAAAUUUAAUAAUGUUAAUUUUCCUUUUAUUUAUAAAACUUUAUAAUUUUCGAUUAAAGUGCGCCAACAAUAUUCUUUGCAUUCUAUUAAAUAUGCACCUGUGUUGAAAUUAAUAAUGAAUAAAUAAUUCAUAUGAUAAUAUAUAUGUAUUGUUAAAACAUAUUUGAAUUCUACUUAAGUUGCUUUAUCUUGCUUUCAAUAAAUUCUAUAAAAAAAA